ACACCCCUAUAGUCACCUUUUUUACACGACCAUUACCCAAGAUAGAAGACAUAACAGGAAAUUAUAAAUAUAAGUCAUAGAAAACCUGUUUACAACCGUCUAAAUAUACUUUUUUAACAUGAUUAGAGUCCUCUACACAUAAAAUAACAUCCCUAUAGUCACCUUUACACUCCCAUUACCGGAGUACCCGGAGAAAACCCACGCAUGCACGGGGAGAACAUGCAAACUCCGCACAGAGACGCCCGAGGGUGGAAUCGAACUCGGGUCUCCAAGCUGUGUGGCCUGCACAUCCAACAAUAUAAGUAUGUAACACAAAACAAAUGUGACUUUAGUGCCAUAACAUGAAGACUUAAUUCUUGUCAAUGGUGGUUGAUUAGUAUGGCGCUUUUUCCACCGAGCAUCACCAGCAUCAGGAGCACCAUGGGGGUCACUAACUAUCCUCCCCAGGGAUACUUCCACAUGAUCAUGUGAGGACAAAGGAUCCAAGGACCUGGAUCAAGGACCACGAAACCAGCUGAUCUGUAACAUAACGUGUUCCACAACCUAACUGACCAAGCAUGUUUGUUUCUCCCAACAUUCCAACGUACUUUAUUUUCACACAUCCUAUAGCCGUCCUUACUUUACGGAAUCAAAACAUGGGAAAAACGGGAAGCACAUUCAAGAGGAGAAAGAAAGCACAUGAGAAACACACAAUGCCUGGGAUGGGGUGGGGGCGCAAGUCUGAAUGUUAAGACUGCGAAAGGAAGGGAGUAGCUGCUAGAUAAAUAUCACUUAAUGGCUGGUAAUGACGCUUAAUGACAGACGACUCCUUCCUUGUGGACGCGAGGAAAGACAGGAACAAACAAAAAAACAAGACCGUGGAAAGCCAGGAGCGAGGCCGCCAUCUUGGGAGGCCUCCUGCCUGUGAUAAGGUGACUGCUUUUAGGAUGCCCGCGCUCAUUUCUGCAGCUGUUGCCCAAAGAGGAGAACCGCAGUCACUUUUGGAACAAACAGGACGGUUUUAACUCUGCUUUGAAGGAGGAAGAAAGAAGAAUUAAAAACCAGCGACAUGCAAACUCUCCAUCCCUCCACUUUACCAACAGACAAUACAGCUGUGACCUACGACCCCAAAUCGGAAUCUGUCAGGCUACCUGGAGGCGUGGUCUCAGUGGCGGGGAUCACCGUGGUAACGGGCGGCGUUGAGCUGUCCUGCAGCUCGUGCAUGCUGGCUUUCGGCUUUUGGGGGACUCUCAUCGGCUUCAGCUGCGUGGGCGUGGGCGUGUGGGACCAAUUGAACCACUCCGGCGGGGGGACCUCUCACUUGCUGGCGCUGGGUUUGGUUAUCCUGGCGCUGGGCUUUGCGGUUGUGGUCGGCGUGGCGGCGUUUCAUGUCUUGACCAAGAGGAGGAGGGCCAUGACGCGGAACGAGAGGCGGGACGGGAAAGAAGUUCUGGUGGAAGAGAACGUGGUGAAAAAAGUGACGGUAUAAUGAACAUAAGAUGAUGAGAAUACAUUUGUCAUGCAAACCCCUCUAUGUUUACACAUCUUCCAAAAAAGUCGUAUAUUUUAAUUUCCUGGUCGACAUGAAAUAAAACUCCUAUUGUCACAUUUACACUCUUAUUAUCCAUUGUUUACAUCACAUUAGCAAACCUGAAGCUAAGCCGGAAGGACUCCACGCUAGCUAGCUAACCAAUUAGCCUCAAAUUUAUUUCUUCUCAGCUCUGUUCUGUCUGGUAAUACAUGGAAUGUUUUGAAGCUAGAACAUAGAAAACGUGUUUGUUACUUUCUGAAUACAUUUUUAAACAUUAUCAGAACCUCGUAGACAUGAAAUAACACCCUUAUGGUCACAUUUACACUCUUGUUAUUCAUUGUUUACGUCACAUUAGCAAACCUGAAGCUAAGCCGGAAGGACUCGAGGCUAGCUAGCUAGCUAGCUAACUAAUUAGCCCGCGAAUUUAUUUCUUCUCAGCUCUGUUCUGUCUGGUAAUGUAUAGAAUAUUUUGAAGCUACAACAUAGAAAACCUGUUUGUGACUUUCUAAAUACAUUUUUUAAGCAUUAUUAGAAGCUCGUAGACAUGGAAUAACACACUGAUAGUCACAUUUACACUCUUGUUAUUCAUUGUUUACAUCACAUUACACAAACCUGAAGCUAAGCCGGAAGGACUCGACGCUAGCUAGCUAGCGAACUAAUUAGCCUCGAAUUUAUUUCUUCUCAGCUCUGUUCUGUCUAGUAAUACAUGGAAUAUAUUGAGGCUAGAACAUAGAAAACGUGUUUGUUACUUUCUAAAUACACUUUUAAACAUUAUUAGAACCUCGUAGACAUGAAAUAACACCCUUAUGGUCACCUUACCAUCCUAUUGGUUUACAACACACUCCUCGACUCUUAAACGGCAGGGACUCGAGUUAGCUAGCAAGCUAGUUAGCAAGCUAACUAGUUAACCUCAAAUGUAUUUCUUCAUUACCACUUCCACGUCAAAGGAAACUUUUUUCACCCUAUCGUUGUGGACAAACAGUACCAUGGCCGACUUCAUUAAAAGUAAUGUAAUGGUAGCUAAUGUCUCAUCAAUUGAAAUGUGCGAUUAUUGAACGAGUCGUUCUAAACUCCAGAGUGUUUCACAUGGGGGGAGGCAAUGGGGCGUGAUUCGCGCAUGGGUCUGCGCAUAUGCUGUGACAAGUGAAUCGAGUACCCGAUUCACAAAUUGAAACACAAUUUUGAGAACUCGAGUCAGUAAGAGUUUCGAAUCACUACUCAUCAAUGUCCUGUGUCGUUACUGCCGCCUAGUGACCGGAAUACUACAUAUCAUGUAUUUCAAUAUGUUUACACCGAUAAUAGACCACAGUCUAUUAUCAUUUAUGAAUUAAAAUAUACUAAAUACAAGUAUGGUCAUGAAGCAAUAUGUUCAUACUACUGAAGACGCGCAAUGCGGUUUUUUUUUCUUGAUAUCUAUCACUUCUGCUUUCCAAAAUAUCAAAGUGGCAAAGUUGCAUCUUUUCAUUUUCAUUGUACGGCUCUCACUGCGUGGAACAGUGAGUACAGCUCUGAUAUGAAGUACUAGUAUAUUAUACAAUACGAUAUACGAUAAAAAUAUAAUAUGCUUGCCUUUGAAGUGUUGUGGUGUUUUUGGCUACAAAUGUCCUCCAUUCAUUAUUUCUCUCAUCUUUUUGUCACCGACCU